AUGAGCGAGUCGGUCUCUAGUCCGUUAAUCGCGGCCGCCAGCAGUGGCAACGUCGCCGGGCCGUCCAGCUCUGACGCCUCGGUCGCGCGGAACGAUGGGAACGGGGGGAACGGUGGCGCGCGCGCUCUGCGGAUAGCGGCGGUGGCGGCGGCGGCGGUGGUGGCGGCGGCAGUGGGCGCGACGGCGUGGGCGGGCGGUCCGUCGAGUAUCAUUUCAGUGUUCGCGAAGUCCGGGUUCACCGCCGCGUUCUCUCUCAUCUUCGUCUCCGAGAUCGGUGAUAAGACGUUCUUCAUUGCGGCGCUGCUGGCCAUGCGCCACUCCAAGCUGCUCGUGCUGUGCGGGGCAGUGUCGGCGCUGGGCAUCAUGUCCGCCAUCUCCGCUGGCAUUGGCCGCCUCUUCCGCGAAGUGCCUGCGCAGCUGCACACCUCCAUCCCUGUGGGCGAGUAUCUGGCAUGUGCGCUGCUCGUGUGGUUCGGCAUCAGGUCCAUCCAAUCCGCUCUCAAGCUCCCCGCCACCCCCAUGCCUGCUGCUGCCGCCGCUGCUGCUGCUGCGCCGGCUGCUGGUUCGGCCGCUGGGGCAGCAGAAGGGGACGAGGAGGAGGGGGAGCUGGCGGAGGCGAGGGAGUUUGUGGAGAAGGCUGAGCAGCAGCCAACGCUCGGGCAUCACCCACCUUGUCUCUUCCCCAACCCAUGCCCAAUGCACCUCCCUUCCGUCCCCCUGUCUCCUCCUCUGUCCCCAUACCCCCCCCUGUCCCCUCCUCUCUGUCCCACCCUGCUUCAUUCGUUCCUUCCAUGCCUCCUCCUAUGCCCCCCCCCUGUCUCCCAUCGCUACCAGAAUCCUGUGGGGGUGGCGAUGGGGGCCACGGUGGGGCAUCUCCUGGCAACAGGCCUCGCAGUCAUAGGAGGAGCGCUGCUCUCCAAGCACAUAUCCGAGCGCUUCGUACGACCCCUGCUCGCCCCUCCCAUUCCUCCCUGCCCCCUCCUCCCAUGCCUCCUCCCAUGCUUCCAUUCCUCCUCCCAUGCUUCCAUUCCUCCUCCCAUGCUUCCAUUCCUCCUCCCAUGCUUCCAUGCCUCCUCCCAUGCUUCCAUUCCUCCUCCCAUGCUUCCAUUCCUCCUCCCAUGCUUCCAUUCCUCCUCCCAUGCUUCCAUUCCUCCUCCCAUGCUUCCAUUCCUCCUCCCAUGCUUCCAUUCCUCCUCCCAUGCUUCCAUGCCUCCUCCCAUGCUUCCAUUCCUCCUCCCAUGCUUCCAUUCCUCCUCCCAUGCUUCCAUUCCUCCUCCCAUGCUUCCAUUCCUCCUCCCAUGCUUCCAUUCCUCCUCCCAUGCUUCCAUUCCUCCUCCCAUGCUUCCAUUCCUCCUCCCAUGCUUCCAUUCCUCCUCCCAUGCUUCCAUUCCUCCUCCCAUGCUUCCAUUCCUCCUCCCAUGCUUCCAUUCCUCCUCCCAUGCUUCCAUUCCUCCUCCCAUGCUUCCAUUCCUCCUCCCAUGCUUCCAUUCCUCCUCCCAUGCUUCCAUUCCUCCUCCCAUGCUUCCAUUCCUCCUCCCAUGCUUCCAUUCCUCCUCCCAUGCUUCCAUUCCUCCUCCCAUGCUUCCAUUCCUCCUCCCAUGCUUCCAUUCCUCCUCCCAUGCUUCCAUUCCUCCUCCCAUGCUUCCAUUCCUCCUCCCAUGCUUCCAUUCCUCCUCCCAUGCUUCCAUUCCUCCUCCCAUGCUUCCAUUCCUCCUCCCAUGCUUCCAUUCCUCCUCCCAUGCUUCCAUUCCUCCUCCCAUGCUUCCAUUCCUCCUCCCAUGCUUCCAUUCCUCCUCCCAUGCUUCCAUUCCUCCUCCCAUGCUUCCAUUCCUCCUCCCAUGCUUCCAUUCCUCCUCCUCUCAUGCUCCCGUCCCUCCCUGCCCCUCCCAUUCCUCCCUUGCUUCCUGUUGGCAUCGCUAG